AUGAUUUGGAAGACCUGCGGUAUCACCUACGUCCGGUACGCUGCCGAGAUGGCAGACCUACUCAGGAAGUGCAUCAAGGAGCCCUAUAGGACCCAGCUGCAAAACAGAAAUCAGGUCCACUUUAAGGAGACCAUCUACAAGCAAGGAGCUGUUGUGUCUAGGGAGACUUAUGACAAGCUCAAGGCAGCGUUUGAAGCCUGCUCCGGGACAGCAAAGAAAGCGGACUAA